AUGGAGGACAGUGAUCGGCAUCCGGAGUCAGCAGAAGAGGAGGAAGAAGUCGUAAACGCUCCUGAUCACGCCAUGGCAGGAAGUAAGAUAAUUGAGCCGUUCAAACCGGGAGCCGCGGAGGCUUGGGAUUCCUAUCUCCAACGUUUUGGUUUUGCUGCUGCCGCGCAAGGAAUCACCAACAGCGACAGGAAGAAGGCUGUUUUUCUGAGUUGCUGCGGUGCCGAAGUUUUCGAGUUGGCCCGAGGGUUGGUGGCUCCUCUCACGCUAGAAACAGCGACGCUGGCGCAGAUAACAGACCAACUUACGAGGCACCUGGCCCCAGCAGCAACUAAGACAACACGCCGCAUAGAGUUCCAUAAUAGGAGGCAGAAGGAUGGCGAAUCGGUCUCCAUGUUCCUUGCUGAGCUGAAGGUCCUGGCGAGGCAAUGUCAGUUCGUGGCUCUUGAGGAGGCGCUGCUUGACCAGUUCAUUGGCGGCCUGAGCAGUAGUAAGGCCCGCCGUCGAAUCGCUGCAAAGGAAGAGGUGGAUCUAGCAACGGCAGUGCGCGAGGCCUUAGCCACGGAGACUGCAGAGGGGGAAAAGCAGAAAACCCCACAACGAAGCACCAGGCCGGCAGCAGAAACAGCCCACGCUAUGUGCAGCCAGGAGUCCAGCCCGUCCCAGAGCCCAUCCCGCGCCGUUGGAUCCCUGGGGGCUGGUUCAUCGGGAACAAAGGGAAGAAAACUCGACUGCCCCGGUUGUGGGGGUGCGCACGAACGUCGGAAGUGCCGGUUCCGGAAUGCCACGUGCCGCAUUUGCGGAAAAAUGGGCCACAUUGCUCGGGUAUGCAGGUCGGCUACCGGGGGAACAUCAGGAUCCCCGCGAUCGUCCCGGCGACAGGAAAACUCAUCGGCACACGUUGUGGACGACUGCAACUACCUCACCGAGAUUGAGGGCAAGACUGUUCAGUUUCCUGCUCAGGGGAAGGCAUCAAUCCAGGUCAGCAUUGAGGGCCACCCUUGCCAGAUGGAGGUAGAUUCUGGGUCAGGAUUCACGAUUGUCUCCGACAAAACAGCGAGGUCGUUUUUUUUAGGGGACGCCCUCAGCCGGCUGCCACUCCAGGGAACUGGUGAUUGUGAUCCAGCACCAGCCGAACAGGUCACGAUGUUGGAAACUCUGCCAGGCGCUCCUGUGACCGCGGAAGAAGUGGCGGCCAGGACGCGAAAGGACCCCACACUCUCCCGAGUCCUCGCCUGGGUAGGGAGGGGGUGGCCCAGUGGGGGCCAAGAAGAAAAAUUCCGCCCAUUCGUAAUGCGGCAGCAUGAGUUGUCACUUCAUAAGGGGUGCAUACUGUGGGGGGACAGGGUGGUCAUUCCUAACCCACUGAGGAAUCGCAUUCUAGAGACCUUGCACAUGGGGCACCCGGGAAUGGUCAGAAUGAAAUCCCUGGCACGUUGUUAUGUGUGGUGGCCAGGGAUGGAUAAGGAAAUAGAAAUGUGGGUAAACACGUGCAAAACAUGCCAAGAGGUUCGACCUGAGGUUCCCGGGGCACCUAUUCAUUGGUGGGAACAGUCAAAGGCGCCAUGGAACCGUCUUCACAUAGAUUUCGCGGGCCCCUUUCAAGGGAAAACAUUUUUGGUUGUGGUCGACGCAUACUCGAAAUGGUUGGAGGUAGCCUUAGUUUCCAGGCCCACAUCAGCAGCCGUUAUCAAAGUUUUAAGGCGCUUGUUUGCCACGCAUGGUCUGCCAGGAACAGUGGUGUCAGACAAUGGGGCAGCAUUCGUGUCAAAUGAGUUCAGAGGGUUCCUCCGGAUAGCUCGUAUGCUAUUCUUGCAGCACGCCACACCCUGCACAGCCACUGGAAAAUCACCAGCUGAGCUGCUGUUAGGCCGAAGGUUGGUGACAGUCCUGGACUUUGUGCAUCCAGAUAGGAUGCCCUCGCGUCCUGCACGGGAGCCACCCCCACCUGAAGGGGAUAGAACGAGACACUUUAAUCCGGAGGAUCUCGUGUGGGUGAGAAAUUAUGCCACAGGUCCGAUUUGGGUUCCGGGAGUCAUUUCACGGGCCACCGGUCCCGUGUCAUAUCAUGUCACGUUAUCACAAGGUCAGGUCUGGCGCAGGCAUGUGGAUCAGCUGAGACACAGGAUACCCAGCCGGAGUGAUGCCGAGGAACCUAACGCCUCUGCAUUAAAUGGGGAGUCGCCAUCCCCGAGCCAGGUAGAGACACCUGCACUGGUUAAUGCCCCGCCAGGGCAGACAGUCGGUGCACCACCCGCUGAAAACACAGAGUUGGCGGAAGAAAAUGAGCUGGGGGAACCAUUAGCAGGGACAGGGGUAGCCAAUACACCCGAGGAGAUCCCUCAGCCGCCAAUGCCUCAGGUCACAACACCAGAGGUGAGACGAUCGGGUAGAGAUCGCAGGAAGCCACAGUUCCUGAAAGACUACGUGUGUCAUUCCCGCUAA